GAGGAACAGUAGCAGCACCAGCAGCAGCAACCUGAGGCUCAGGUUGAGACUCGGUUGCACUCGAGAGCGCCGAUGAUCGCGGGCUCAAAAACAACUGCGCGGUUUGCAAGCCGUGUCAAGCUGACAGAAGCCACGGGACGCAAGCGGCGCAUGUACCGGAAACGGCGCGAGAGCUGCGGCUCGGCUUCAGGGGCUGAAUUCCUUCUCAGAAACCACCAGGCCGCGCACCGGCCCGGGAAGCCGGCGCGCUGCUCGGGCGCCGCGAAGCGAGAGGCCCCGGCAGAGAAUGGCA